UUUUUAAUAUAAAAGUUAAAAAUACUCAUGAUGCUAUUGUGAUAAACUAAUGGAUGAGAAAGAAGUUCAAUAUAUUUUUGGAUUAUUAGCAGAUGAAUUCGGAAAGUGCCAAUUUGAUGGCAAAGGUUCUAUACAGACACAAAUGUUACAAAAAUAUUAUCAAUCUAUUAGAUUCUAAAUUGACUGAGGAAAUUAUUGACAUAAUUAUCUGAAUACCAUAUUUAUAAACACCAUGUAUUUUAAGAUCUCCUCUUUACUUAUAAAAAGAAAUUGCUUGUCCACUGGAUUGGCAGGUCAAUCAAACAUAUUUACUCUCGAUGCUCGCCAAGCAGGUUGUGGAGACUUUGAUGUAGUUAUUAAUGGAGAAUCUCGCGCCUCUAUUGAGUACAUUGAAGAAGAAGAAGCUUUCUUUAAGAUAAAAUAUCAAGUAGUUUCUCCUGGCGAUUAUAUUAUAGAAGUUAAAUACGCAGAAAAGCACAUUCCAGGAAGUCCGUUUGCUGCAAAAAUAUUAGAUCCAAACGUCGAAGAAUCACAUCGAAGAAACGUCGAAGAUCGUGUUUUAAAUCAGUUAGAUUUGAGAAACCGAUCAGAAAGUAAUAACUCAAAUGGAUCCGAUGCUCAGGCAUCAACAAGCGAUAUAUGCAAAGGCACAACCAAUUUACCUAUAGAAGCACAAGUUCAUACCCCAUCUGGAAAAAUAACCUUUGGUAAAAUUGCCAAAAAAAUCAAUGGUGAAUACGCCAUAAAUUUUCCUCGUGAAGAAGAGGGAACUUAUAAAGUUAUUUUAAUAAAUAAGAAAACAAACUCAAUACUUCCAGGAUCUCCUUACGAAGUCGUUGUUAAAAGAAAACUCUGUUCAAAUACUUUAACUAUUGCAAAUAUCGGUGAAGCAAACUGCUUCAGCAUUUUUGGAACAAAAGGUUUGGACUUGAGAAAUUUAUGCGUUGCGGUGGUGGGUCAGGCGGGAAUGAAACUGAGAGUUUUUCAAAACGAUGCAGACUCGAUUGAUAUUUUGUAUGAAGUGAAACGAGCUGGCAUCUAUUUAUUUCAUAUACACGAUAAUAGCCGACAUUUACCAGGUAGUCCUUUUAAUGUUAAAAUCAACAAAAAAAAUAUAUGGAAAGAAAAUACAGACGAUAUAGAAUUAAUAACUUACACUGUCACUAUCUGGCAUGGAUGUGAUGUAAAACGACAAACCCUAUCAACAAAAAUGGUUACUCCUACUGGUAAAAUUAUUGCACACACUGUUACUCGUCUCGGUCGAUUUUUAAUGGAGUUGAAAUUUAUGCCAUUGGAAAACGGUCGAUAUACUCUAUACAUUCAAUUUUCAGAUAAUAUUAUACAUACCUUUCAUAUUGAAGUAACAAAUUCCCGAUAUAGUAAAGAUUUGUUUAUUGUGUCAGGAGAAGGAAAGUAUACAGGUAUAUUAAAUCAACCUAACGAAGUUUAUAUUGAAUCAAUUGUUGCCCUAAAAGGAUUAUUUUCUGUAGAAAUAGAUGGUCCAGAUAAAGUAAAUAUUGUUCAAAAUCAUAAAGAUGAUGGAAAAAUAUUUAUAACUUAUAUUGCUCAAAAAUCAGGAAACUAUUUACUAUCAGUUAAAUACAACGGUUUUCACAUAGGAGGUAGUCCGUUUCAUAUUGUAAUGUUAGAGGAAAAUUUUAUUCGAAAACAAUCACUUGCAAUUAAAGCACCACCCAAAGUAUCUGAUCCACUUUUAUGCCGCGCCUUUGGAUUAGGUCUUAAAGAGGCCUGUGCUGCAGUUUCAAGCACAUUUACAGUAGAUGUUGUCAAUGCUGGCAGUGGGACGCUUAUGGCUGGCUUUGAAGAAAAUAAGUUUGUGCGAAAUGAAAUAGUAUGUAAAUAUAUAGGAGAUGGCAUUUACGAAGUUCAAUACAAAAUUGACAAACCAGGAUGCUAUUCGCUUUCUGUAUUAUGGAAUGGAAAUAAUAUACCUGGAAGUCCAUUCAAAGUAAACGUUAAAUCUUAAUAUUAAAUAAACUACUGUUGUUAUUUAGAAUAAGAUAUUUAUAUAUUUUUUAAGAAUGAUAACAAAAAAUUUAGAUUUAUAACCAAAAACUGUUAAAUUUUUUUAAUGAGUAAAAACUAAUGAGUUUUUACUUAUUACCAGACAUUAUAAGAACUUUUUUAUGCCUGGUUUUAUGUCAAAUGUUUUAAAAGAACCACGUUUAACAAUCAAUUGAGUUGAAUAGAAAAUUUUAUUAUGUAAA